CUGCUUAGUUUGUGGUUUAAUAACGGCGCUUCAAGUCGACGCCUCCCGACUCUGAACGUCUGUCACAGAUCCACUCAGGUCAGUCUGAAGAUUCAACAUGAAGCUGCUCAGAGUCGCUCUGCUCGCCGUCAUCAUCUCAGGAUGCUGUGCACAGCUGGACGUCUGCGGCACGGCUCCUCUGAACACUCGGAUCGUUGGUGGUGAAGAUGCUCCAGCAGGAACGUGGCCGUGGCAGGCCAGUCUGCACAACGCCUUCGGACAUUUCUGUGGCGGUUCUUUAAUCAACAACCAGUGGGCCCUGAGUGCUGCUCACUGCUUCUCCAGCAACAGUCCUGCAGGUCUGAUCGUCUACCUCGGACGCGACACCCAGCAGAGCCUGAAUCCUAACGAGGUUUCUCGGACGCUGUCGCAGGUGAUCCGACAUCCGGACUACAACCCCAGCACCAACGACAACGACAUCGCCCUGCUGCAGCUGUCAUCGGCCGUCAACUUCACCGACUACAUCCGGCCCGUUUGUCUGGCAGCCGACGGCAGCGUCUUCCCAGGUGGAACGUCCUGCUGGGUUACUGGCUGGGGGAACAUCCAGAGUGGAGUUGCUCUUCCUUCGCCUCAGCGGCUGCAGGAAGUCAACGUUCCCGUGGUGACCAACAGCGACUGCAGCAACUCCUACAGCGGAAUCACCGACAACAUGAUCUGUGCCGGACUGACGGAGGGAGGGAAGGACUCCUGCCAGGGAGACUCCGGCGGUCCGAUGGUCAGUAAAAACAACUCCAUCUGGGUUCUGGCCGGAGUGGUGAGUUUUGGAAACGGCUGUGCUCAGCCUAACUUCCCUGGAGUUUACGCCCGAGUGUCUCGUUACCAGUCGUGGAUCAACGGCUUCAUCUCCACCAACCAGCCGGGCUUCGUCUCCUUCCAGUCGGACUCUAGUUUGACUACUGGGGCGGCGUCGUUCGUCUCCAUGUCCCUGCUGCUGACCGUCCUACCCGUCAUCUUCUCCAUCUUCGUCCUGUCAUGGGAGGUUUAAUGAAGCUGCACUAAUUUAACCAGAACUGCCUCAUGUUCACUUUAAGAUUCAUUUUUCUUAAAACAAGCUAAAAUUCUGCUCACGGAGUCAAAUAUUUCCUCGUUUCUUGUUCAUUUUGCGGUGAAUUCAUAAUUUUACAAGACAAAGAGAACCCCUUUACUGUAGCUGGAAUGUUUUCCUUUUUUGUUUGUAAAAUGACUAAAACAGAUGACCAAAUUAGAUAUCAAUUCAUCUCCUGUUAGUUGAUAUUUAUUAAUUAAUAAAUGCAUUUGAAAGAGGUGAAAUAAUCUGAUCCCAUCAACUUGAUGUUUAGAUUUAGAUCAUGUUGACUCGAAUUAAAUUAAGUAGUUUUAAUAUGAAGGUGAAAUAUUGUAAAGCUACGGAGCCAGGACUGUUAGAAUAAUCAGAACCUUUUGAUAGUUUUGAAUCAUAAUAAAUAAAAAAUAGACCCAUAAAAAUUCAAAUAAUGCAUCAAAAAUAAAAUUUAAGUUACAACCGAGUUAUUUUAUUCUGCUCUUAAAUUAUACAAUAAGGAUUAAAUGUAAAAAAAAUAAAUAAAAUGAGUCAUUUUAAUAAACUUACUAAUAUUCCAUCAAACAGUUAAUUUUAUUGUUUAUUUUUUCAUUGGUUGCCUUUUUUUCAUUUUGUGCAACCCAUAAAUAAAUAAAUAAAUAAAAAGAUUAGUUGUGUAACUGACUGAACUGUUAGAAACUAUUUUUAAAUAUUUGAACAGAGAAUAAAAUAUUUCAGCACUGCAAAUAAAAGCAAAUUACUAAAAGUUAAAUUAUUUAAAUUGUAAAUUAGUUUUAGAUUUUAUUUUUUUAUGUAUUUUUUGAGGUAUAAUAAUAAAUGUAUUGAUGAAUUUGUCAUUUAAGGAAAAGAAUACAGAAACAGAAUUAGUUAAUUGUAAGUCUGCCUAUCUUUUGAAGUAUUUAUUUUUAGCUGUGUGUUUUACAUACAUUGUUUAAAUGUAUGUAAAUUAUACAUACUUUGCUUUUAAAGCAAAAUCCACAAGCUCCUUAAAAUAAUAUUAAUUGAUUAAAGUUAUUUUGGCACUCUGCAGACUCCAUACACAACCGUUUACAUGAACAGAGUUUCGACUGAACCCGAUCGAUCGAUCGAUCGAUCGAUUCUUUGUCCAAACUUUUGACAGUUUUUAUUUAGAAAAUCUCAUGUAGCACUUAUCUUAAUGAAGCACUUGAUAUGUGCACUGAUGGUGAAGCUGCAGGACUGAUGAAGAAGAAACAAUUUUAAUCUAUUUUCUUAACUUUAUUGAUCUGUUUGUGAUUGAUUACUUUGAUGUUUACUGUCUUCUACUGUUUGAACUGUGACUUACUGUUUAAGUUCUGCACACAUGAACAAAUCAAAAAAUAUCUACAAUUAUUAACGUUACUUGCACCGAUCUGUAGAUCCGUCUUUAAGUUCAAUAAAACCGUUUUUUCUAACGUG